AUCACUUCUUCUAAAAUUCACAUUGUUUCUUAAAUUUAAAUUUCUAUUUUGUUGAGGUUGGUUGUGUGUGUGCAUGAUGCGAGUGGUGGGCCUGGUGUCUGGCGGGAAGGACAGCUGCUACAACCUACUACAGUGUGUUGCUGCUGGACACCAAGUGGUAGCCUUGGCUAACUUAGCACCCAGCUGUGUAGAUGAACUGGACAGCUACAUGUAUCAGAGCGUGGGCCACAUGGGGGUUGCAUUUUACGCAGAAGCAGUGGGAGUACCACUGUACCGGAGAGUGAUCCAGGGCACUUCUCUCAACACUGCCACUAUUACUUAUAAACCUACUGAAGGGGAUGAAGUUGAAGAUCUAUUUCUUCUGCUUAAGGAAGUUAAGGAGAAAUGUUGUGUGGAUGCUGUGAGUGUGGGUGCUGUUCUCUCGGAUUAUCAGAGAGUUCGAGUGGAAAAUGUGUGCAGUAGGCUGGGUUUAGUUUGCUUGGCAUACAUGUGGCGGAGGGAUCAGUCCGAACUGCUGCAAGAAAUGGUAGAGUGUGGCUUGGAAGCCAUCAUUAUCAAAGUAGCAGCCAUUGGUCUUGAACCCAGGAAACACCUUGGAAAAUCCAUCAGCCAAAUGGUUUCAUACCUUGAAAAAAUGAAUACAAUCGUGGAUAACCAGUUGAAGAGUAGGUACAAAACAUGGCAGUCUCUUAUAUCCUGCCCCUUCAAUUCCUUUGGCAACAUUGGCACCAUUAUCUCUUGCUAUCAAAUGAAUUUUGGAAGCUGAAAGAAAAAUACCGGCUGAAUGUAUGCGGCGAAGGAGGUGAAUAUGAAACAUUUACUCUUGACUGCCCCAUUUUCAAAAAGCGUAUAGUAGU